AUGGAUCCCUUGUUUUGGCCAUCAGAAACUAGCAGCUUUCGACGUUUCACUCCUGAGUCCUUGGCAGCAAUUGAGGAAAGAAUUGCUGAGAAAAAAGAGCAGCAAGACAAAGUUAACCAGAAAAAUAAAGACCAAGGAGCUGAAGAAGAAAAACUUACUCCACAGCUUGACCUAAAAGCCUGCAAAAAACUUCCAUCCUUGUAUGGGGAUCUUCCUGUGGAGCUCAUUGGGGAACCUCUGGAAGAUCUUGAUCCAUACUACAGUGAUCACAAGACUUUCAUGGUGAUAAAUAAAAGGAGGACUAUUUUCCGGUUUACUGCCACGCCUGCCUUGUGUAUAGUUGGGCCUUUUAAUCCAGUAAGAAAAGCAGCAAUUAAAAUUAUGACUCAUUCAUAUCCUUUUAUUGGUUCUCAUUUCGAUUUUAAAAGAUACUGUACCAUUUCCCGUUGUUCUGUUUGUCGGUAUCUGUUUAUUGUCAUAUACACUGGUGAAAUAUUGAUAAAAAUAUUAGCAAGAGGAUUUGUUUGGAAUGAAUUUGCCUUUCUUCGAGAUCCAUGGAACUGCCUGGAUCUUGUUGUUACUAUUGUGAAAUACGUUAGUCUGAGUAAAAGUAUGGGCAAGGUUUCAGCUCUUCGAACUUUCAGAGUACUGAGGACUUUGAAAGCUAUUUCAGUAAUACCAGGUCUGAAAGUCAUCGUAAAUUCACUUAUUGAGUCUGUUAAGAAGCUUACUGAUGUGUUGAUCUUGACUGUUUCUUGCUUGAGUGUAUUUGCUCUAAUAGGCCUCCAGCUUUUUAUGGGCAAUUUAACAUCCAAAUGUGUCCUCACUAACGCUACGUACAAUGACACAUUAUGUAAGGAUGCCAAGAUAUACGUACCAAGUGAUGAAGAUAUCUGCUACAGGAUGAAUAAGUCUUCCGAAAUACUGCUCUGUGGGUUCAGUUCAAAUCCCAGAAAAGAGUGCCCAGAAAACUAUACCUGCAUGAAGAUUGGGAAGAAUCCUGACUUUGGUUAUACAAGUUUUGAUCAUUUUGGCUGGGCCUUCCUUUCUUUAUUCCGUCUGAUGACACAGGAUUGCUGGGAGCGUCUCUACAGACAAGUUAUCCGCACAUCUGGAAAGAACUACAUUUUCUUUUUCCUGGGGGUAAUCUUUUUAUGUGCAUUUUAUCUCUUCAACCUGAUUUUGGCUGUAGUAACUAUGGCAUAUGAGGAGCAAAACAGAGCCACUCUUGCUGAAACAGAGGCAAAGGAAAAAUUACUUCAGGAGGCCCAAACAAUUCUAGAGAGGGAACAG